UCAAUGCAUCUCCAUCUUCCUCCCUUCAAACCCCAUCUACCCACUUUCCCCUAUUAAUACAACACAUGCACUUCUCCUCCAUCUCCAUUUCUUCCACUUAUUCAUAAGCUUUCUCCUUCAAUCUCCAAUGGAGUCCCAAUGCAGGCCAAAUGUGGAUGGGGUGCAUAACGGAGUGGAGAGCCAUGUGAAGGUGGUGGAGAAGCCAAGGAGCGUGGGGUCGUCUUCCGAGUUCGUCCUCCGCAUUCUUGGGCUGCUUCUCACAUUGAUUGCUGCAGUGGUGGCCGGUGUUGAUAAGCAGACCAAGAUCAUUCCUCUUACUCUCAUAAAAACCCUGCCUUCCCUACAUGUUCCUGUCACUGCUAAAUGGAGUGAUAUGUCCGCUUUUGUGUACUUGGUGGUGUCGAACGCAAUAGCAUGCUCAUAUGCUGCAAUAUCUCUAGUACUAGUGAAAAUGCUGGGCCGGAGGGGGAAAGGUGGCAGGGUGUUGGCAGUGAUAGUCCUAGACUUACACAUGGUAGGGCUUCUCUUCUCGGCCAACGGAGCUGCAACCGCAGUUGGAGUCCUGGGCCAAUAUGGGAACUCACAUGUUCAAUGGAAGAAAGUCUGCAAUGUGUUUGAUUCCUUCUGCCACCACUUGGUCGCUUCUCUAGUGCUGUCUUUUCUCGGGUCACUCUCCUUUCUCGGGUUGGUGUUGCUUGCCAUUUUGAACCUGCACAAGAAAUCUAGCACCAAGUAAUUUUGGUUUAGUAAUUUCUUGGUGGAUGGGGCAAGGAAAGUUGGUAAAUAUAAUGCAGUACUUGCUAGUAUAUGCUCUGUUUGCAGUGAUCAUGCAUAGCGUAGGCUAUGUAAGUUUGUAAUUCGAAAUUCGAAAGUACCGCCUAUAAAAAUAGGAAAUAUUUUAGGUAUGGACGAUGUUGUGUGUGAUUAUUGUGAUAUUCACUCAUACAAAGAAAAAAGUUUCCAACA